AUGGCUACAGAACGUGGUGAUCAAACUGUUAUUCGUCGAACAAUAAUUGAACGUGGAAUUCGUACUAGUGAAGGUCCGGCUGGUGGUCGCGCUGGUGGUCUCGAAGCCGUGCGUAAAUUAGCAAAUCAACAUGAAGGCGAACGACUUGAAAUGCAAGAACUUAACACCAAAUUUGGCGCCUAUCUCGAUCGGGUUAAAUUCCUUGAAACUCAAAAUCGUAAAUUGCAAACUGAACUCGAUUCUCUCAAACAAAAAUGGGGUUUUGAUUCUGGUAAAGUCAAAGAUCAAUAUGAUCAAGGCUUAGUUGCUUUACGUAAACAGAUCGAUGAUGUUACACGUGAUAAAGCUUUGGCAGAACUACGUGCUAAACGUGCUGAAUAUGAUGCAUCAUUAAUCAAACAUCAGACAGAUUUCGCCAAUGAAUUAGUGAAUCUUGAUCGUAAUCGUUUUACAAUGCUCAAACAACAACUCGAGGGCAGUGGAUCGGAGUUGGAUUCUUUACGUAAUCGAUAUGAAGAUAAGAAACAAGAAAUCGAUCGCAGUAAAGAUGAGGUUCGACGUCUCUUAGCUCAGCUAGAAGACUUGAAAAACGAAUUCGAUCAAGAAUCAAUGCAACGUGUUAUGAUUCAAAAUGAACUUCAAACAUUAGAAGAACAACUAGCUUUCAUGAAGGCUGUUCACGAAGAAGAACGUAAUGAAUUAGCUUCUCUUGGCACAUUACCAAUCGAUGUUAGUCAAUUCUAUCGCACUGAAUUGACACGUGCAAUAGCUGAUAUAAAGAAUGAUUUCGAAGCACUUUCACAAGCACAACGACGGGAAUUAGAAGAAUAUUAUCGAAUUAAAACUGAAGAAAUUCGCGAACAAGCAGCCGAACAAAAACGCAAGAUUGAAGAAGCGCGCCGUACAGGUGCUGUGGAAAUUAUGGAUCUAUCGGCAUUAAAAUCUUUGUUAUCGGAAAAUCGUGGUAACUUCGACAAAUUACAGAAAGAACAUUCAGAUUUGGCCAAUGAGCUUCGAGAAUUAGAAGAAAAUUUUGAACGAAUUUCUGGCGAACACAAUCGAGCACAAAAUGAACGCGACCGAGAAUUAGCUGAACUCCGUGCUCAAGCCGAACAACGUGAACAAGCAAUUGCAGCCGUCUUAGAAAACAAUGUUUCUCUUCGAUUUGAAAUUAACACAUACAGACGCUUAUUGGAAGUUGAAGAAGGCCAUUUGCAAAGAAUCGAAAGCGGAGAAGGUUUAGUGACAAGCGGCAAAGGUGCGCCAGCAUAUCAUUUUCAAUCGGGAUCAUCAGUUACUGGAAACAACAGCGGUCGAUUCGAUCCAGCAGCUUCAGAUGUUUCAACGAAAAAGAUGACCGUACAAAAAUCAGCACGAGAAUAUCAUUUUUGA